AUGGCGGCAGUUGCUGCAUCAGUUGCCGCCACUACGGCUGGCCUUGCCUACAUCGACGCCAAGUAUCAUAUCCGCAAGGACUGGGCCCUCAUUAGGGGCAAGAAGAAGGCUGCCAAGUUGCUGCAGAAAGCAAUCCAUGAUAAGCGGGUAUCUCCCUACUACUUCUUUGAGCAUCAAGCUCAAACCAAGCCAAACGCAGAAUGUAUCUGGUGGCGCCCUGGCAGCUUCACGUGGGCUGAGACGUACUCGCGGGCGAACCAGUUUGCGCACUUCUUCCUCGCUCAGGGCGUACAGCCUGGGGACCUGGUUGCACUCUUCAUGGGCAACAGUCCCGACUUCAUCUUUGCCUGGUUGGGUCUCUUUGCCAUUGGAGCCGCGCCAGCCAUGAUCAACCACAAUCUCACCAAGGCGGCGCUGCUGCACUGCUUGGGCAUCAGCAAUGCCCCGCUCAUACUCGCUGACGGAAGACCGGAGCUGCUGGAGAGAAUCGAAGAGGUCAAGGGCGAAUUGGCCGAAAAGGGCGUCAAGGUCAUCACCCUCGGCGACGUGAGGGCGGAUAUCAACGCCACAAGGACAGAGAGACCCCCCGACAAGUUGAGAGAGGACGUCAAGCCCGGCUCGCCUUUUGGUCUAUUUUAUACCAGUGGCACAACUGGCAUGCCAAAGGCCUGUAUUGUCCCUGCGGCAGCUGCAUUCAAUGCGGGAGUCAGCAGACAAUGUGGUUUUGCCAUUGUUCAGGGUGAAAACGAGCGCUACUACGACUGCAUGCCAUUGUAUCAUGGUACUGGUGGCAUCAGUGGAAUGACGCAAAUCUUGACUGGAACUACUCUAUGUCUUGCACCGAAAUUCAGCGCUUCUGGCUUCUGGGACGACAUUCGUGCCUCGAGAGCCACUUGGUUCGCCUAUGUGGGCGAAACUCUGCGAUACCUGCUUGCUGCGCCCCCGUCUCCCCGGGACAAGGACCACAAUGUGCACUCCAUCUACGGAAAUGGCUUGAGGCCAGACGUGUGGAAGGCAUUCCGAGAUCGCUUUGGUAUCGAAAAGAUCUUUGAGUUCUUCAACAGCACGGAAGGUGUGCUUGCAUUGGACAAUCCAGCGAGAGGCGAGUUCCACGCUCACAGUGUGGGUCAUCAUGGUCUUUUGCUAAGGAACCGGUACCACGACACCUACAUUCCGGUUGCAAUCGACCCAGACACUGGCGAGAUUGCCCGGGAUCCCAAGAGUGGGUUUGCCACCAGAGUGCCGUAUGAGGCGGGAGGCGAGAUACUCGUUGCGCAUCCCAGCGCAUACACUCCGCCCUUUGUGGGCUACCAUGGUAACCAGGAAGCUACCGACAAGAAGUUUGUGCAAGAUGUCUUCAAGAAAGGCGACGUAUACUACAGAACCGGCGACGCGUUGAGACGAGACACUGAUGGUCGAUGGUACUUCAUGGACAGACUGGGAGAUACUUUCAGAUGGAAAGGCGAAAAUGUCUCCACCGCAGAGGUGUCUGAAGUGCUUGGGCGCUACCCAGGUGUCUCCGAGGCCACCGUCUACGGAGUGGGUAUCCCGGGCCACGAUGGCAAAGCCGGCAUGGCAGCAAUCUACAUAGACCCGGCCAACAAGAGCUUUGAUUACGAUGGGCUCUUGAAACACUCCCGGACUCACCUACCCAAAUAUGCCGUCCCAAUCUUUAUCCGGCAAAUCAAGGAACGCUCGGCGACGCACAAUAACAAGCAGAACAAGGUGCCGCUCAAGAACGAGGGCAUCGACCCAGCCAAAGUCAAGGGCGAUCCCAUCUUUUGGAUAAGUGACAAUGGCAAGGGGUCGAGUUACGUACCUUUUGGACAGCAUGAGUGGGAUCUGCUCACUGGCGGAAAGGCUAAGCUGUAG